CACGCCUCCGGGGUCGUUCUUGCCGGAAGUCGUGGCGCGCGCACAGGGGAUGUGUCUGGUUCUGGGUUCUUUCCCAGGGUGUGUUUGGAGUCUGGAGGACCUCUGAUUCCCGACGUUGGUGUUUAAAAGUUAAGGCGAAUGUGGAAACACCCGAGGGGAACUUUCUCAUGCAUUAGCGCACCUUGAGGUGGGAGGGGAAGCUGUGACUGUCCUCCCUCCACCAGCCGUCGCGGGAAGCCAGUGGGGUUCAGUGAAGGAUCCAGGAGUGCAGGUACCCGUCCUGGGCCUGGGCCUUGGCUCCGGGCUGCAGUGUGAGAUCCCGGGCUAGGUGGCCUGCCUGGGGCAGGUCGCCGGGACAGCCUCACUGCCCCGCAAGUCCAACCCGGCCUUGGGCACGGUAGGGUUUGCGGUUAAGCUUGUGACCUUUAGACUUCUGAAUAUUCAUAUGUAUGAAGUGUGAUAUACAUAAAAGUGUGCAUAUCAGGAAUUUACAGAGUGAUUAAUGAGUGGAGUGAACACACCUGCGUAGCCGACACUGGGAUCCAAAACACCACUAUUCUGAAAGCCUCCCUCUUUCCCAAAGGCAACCGCGAACUCAACACUACAGAUUCGGUUUGCUUGCUUUUGAUAUAAAUAGAACCAUGCAGUAUGCUUUUUUUUGGUCUAGUUUCUUGGAGUCUGUAUUAUGUCUGGAGUCCAUCCAGGUUGCAUACAGAGAUGGUUUGUUUGCUUUCACUGCUGAAGAGAAUUCCAUUGUAUAUAUUAUACCAUAAAUUACUUACUCUGCUGUUGAUGGACAUCAGAGUUGUUUUCAGUUUAGGGCUAUUCUGAGUAAUGCUGCUAUGAAUUUUCUGGUACGUGGAUCUGAUGCACAUUUGUAUGAGUUUCUCCCGGAGUGGAACUGCUGGGACAUAGGGUAUGAUAUCUAUCAUCAUUCUACAAGCCACCGGGGAUGAUUCUCCUUGAACUUUUAUUGAAGUAUGAUGUACAUAUAGAAGAAUGCAAGCUGAAUACGCCCAACCAACUACAUAUAGAAGAAUGCAAGCUGAACACGCCCAGCCAACUACAUACAGAAGAAUGCAAGCUGAACACGCCCAGCCAACUACAUACAGAAGAAUGCAAGCUGAACACGCCCAGCCAACUACAUACAGAAGAAUGCAAGCUGAAGACGCCCAGCCAACUACAUACAGAAGAAUGCAAGCUGAAGACGCCCAGCCAACUACAUACAGAAGAAUGCAAGCUGAAGACGCCCAGCCAACUACAUACAGAAGAAUGCAAGCUGAACACGCCCAACCAACUACAUACAGAAGAAUGCAAGCUGAACACGCCCAGCCAACUACAUACAGAAGAAUGCAAGCUGAACACGCCCAGCCAACUACAUACAGAAGAAUGCAAGCUGAACACGCCCAGCCAACUACAUACAGAAGAAUGCAAGCUGAAGACGCCCAGCCAACUACAUACAGAAGAAUGCAAGCUGAAGACGCCCAGCCAACUACAUACAGAAGAAUGCAAGCUGAACACGCCCAGCCAACUACAUACAGAAGAAUGCAAGCUGAACACGCCCAGCCAACUACAUACAGAAGAAUGCAAGCUGAAGACGCCCAGCCAACUACAUACAGAAGAAUGCAAGCUGAACACGCCCAGCCAACUACAUACAGAAGAAUGCAAGCUGAAGACGCCCAGCCAACUACAUACAGAAGAAUGCAAGCUGAAGACGCCCAGCCAACUACAUACAGAAGAAUGCAAGCUGAAGACGCCCAGCCAACUACAUACAGAAGAAUGCAAGCUGAAGACGCCCAGCCAACUACAUACAGAAGAAUGCAAGCUGAACACGCCCAGCCAACUACAUACAGAAGAAUGCAAGCUGAACACGCCCAGCCAACUACAUACAGAAGAAUGCAAGCUGAAGACGCCCAGCCAACUACAUACAGAAGAAUGCAAGCUGAAGACGCCCAGCCAACUACAUACAGAAGAAUGCAAGCUGAAGACGCCCAGCCAACUACAUACAGAAGAAUGCAAGCUGAACUCGCCCAGCCAACUACAUACAGAAGAAUGCAAGCUGAACACGCCCAGCCAACUACAUAUAGAAGAAUGCAAGCUGAAGACGCCCAGCCAACUACAUACAGAAGAAUGCAAGCUGAACACGCCCAGCCAACUACAUACAGAAGAAUGCAAGCUGAACACGCCCAGCCAACUACAUAUAGAAGAAUGCAAGCUGAACACACCCAACCAACCAGCAUCCUCGUAAGAACACGACAUUGCCACAUUCCAGAAGCCCUCCUCCUGCCUUCAUCUAGUCACCACCCUUGCCCCAAGGGUAACCAUUAUCCUGACAUCUUGUAUAGAUUUGCAUUACCUAGUUUUGUAUUUAUGCAAAUGAAGUACCUUACAUAUUUUUUGCUUAACAUUAUGUUUGUGUGUAGAUGUAGUUCAUUUAUUCUCACUGUAAUAUAGUAUUUGAUUGUGGAUGUUUUACAAUUUACUUAUCCAUUCUGCUGUUGAUGAACAUUUGGGUAAUUUUCACUCGAGCUUUUACAUUAUAAAUAGUGUACCUACAAACACAAUAAUAUAUAUCUUUAUGUGAACACAUAUACUGAUAUACACCCGGGGAUGGAAUUACUGGGUCAUAGCGUUUACUUAUGUUCAGCUUAAGUAAGACAGUUUUCCAAAGUGGUUGUACCAAUUAAACUCCUUGCUAACGUUUA